AAAUCAACAUAAAGUUCAGUAUAAAAUCAUAUAUUGUAAUUUAUUAAUGGAAUGGAUGAAUUAUCGAGGUAAAGUCUCUCUUCCACACGCUAUAAAUCGCAUAUAUCACAGACAGCUUUUCCAACAUACCUCUUUUUCAUCUUCCAACAUUGAGGACCACAAAAUCCCAAAUGGGUUUUGAGCUCAAAGCUCUGUUCCUUCUGUUUCUUCAUGCCCUGUUCAUGUUUUUGCAAGAAGCAAGAGCAGAGCAUCAUGGGUUCCAUAACGUGAGUAUUUUGAGAAAUGGAAAGCAAGUGAGUAGGUGCAAUUUGUUUCAAGGAAAAUGGGUUUUUGAUGCUUCUAUUGGUCCUCUUUAUGGUUCAAGCUGUCCAUUUAUAGAUCCUGAGUUUGACUGCCUCAAAUAUGGCAGACCUGAUAAGCAGUACCUCAAGUACGCCUGGAAGCCUGAUUCCUGUAACUUGCCAAGGUUCAAUGGGUUGGAUUUCCUAAGGAGAUGGAGUGGGAAGAAGAUAAUGUUUGUGGGAGACUCACUGAGUCUAAACAUGUGGAAUUCGCUAGCAUGUAUGAUACAAGCGUCGGUGCCGAAUACCAAAGCCAGCUUAGCGAAAAAGGAGACUCUGUCAUCUGUGACCUUCCAGGACUACGGAGUAACAUUGUUUCUAUACCGCACACCAUACCUCGUGGAUUUGGUCAAAGAAGAUGUGGGACGGGUACUGAGGCUAGACUCUAUUUCGAGUGGAAAUGCAUGGAAAGGGAUGGACAUCCUUGUCUUCAACUCUUGGCACUGGUGGAUCCACGCAGGAAAAUCACAACCAUGGGAUUACUUGAGGGAGGGAACCAAUUUGUUUAAAGAUAUGGACCGUCUGACGGCGUUUUAUAAGGGGUUGAGCACAUGGGCUAGAUGGGUUGACCUUAAUGUUGACCCUUCAAGAACCAAAGUCUUCUUCCAGGGGAUUUCUCCAACCCAUUAUCAGGGCAAGGAAUGGAACCAGCCAAAGAAGAAUUGCUAUGGAGAACUUGAACCGCUAUCUGGAUCCAUCUAUCCGGCCGGUGCACCGCCUGCCGCUUCCGUCGUAAAUAAAGUGUUAAGUACUAUGAAGAAACCGGUUUAUUUGCUCGAUAUCACGACACUCUCACAGUUGAGGAAAGAUGCUCACCCCUCUGCCUACAGUGGGGAACGUGGAGGCAACGACUGCAGCCAUUGGUGUCUUCCUGGAUUGCCUGAUACCUGGAACCAGCUUCUCUAUGCAGCUCUUAUCAUGUGAAGUUCUAACACUUGGAAAACUUUUCAUUUUCAUUUCUUAUAUAUGAUUGUUUUGUAUACGAAUGGAAGUAUUGAAAAAUUCUCUUUCACCUCCAUUGGUAUAUGAUAAUAAGGUGGGGAAAAGGUGGUCAAGUGUAAAGUGUUUUAUUUAACCAAGUAUAUCAUAUAUUGGAAUUCACAGAUACACAGAUUAGCAUUAAAAUGUAAGUGACACUGCAAGUGUUAUUACAGAAGGUUAGAACAGGUCUUGUUUGAGAAUGAACGUUGGCUCUUUGGGAUUAUAGUUGGAACUUUCUAGUUAGUCUGAUUUCGAUUUGCUUAACAAUCGUACAUGUAGAACUUUCCACCGUUAAAACUGAAUAAAUAUUGUUUUGGUUUCUUGAA